AUGUCGUCUUCUCUUCUCGCUUUCAGCACCCUGCUCGGCUUGGCCGCUGCCGUCGCAAAGUCAUGCCCUGCAUCGUCACCCAUUAGUUGCCAGACUACUGGCACCAUCCAAAACACCUGUUGUACUGAGGUCCAAGGUCAAGUUCUCCAGGUUCAAUUCUGGGACUCCAGUCCUGCAACCGGUCCUGCUAAUUCAUGGACUAUCCAUGGCCUCUGGCCCGACAACUGCGACGGCACCUACGAAGCCACUUGUGAUAGCUCGAGAGCAUACACUGAUAUUGGCUGCAUUCUUGAAGACAAGGGUCAUGGCGAUAUUUUGACUUACAUGGAGACCUACUGGAAGGACUACCAAGGUGAUGACGAGUCUUUCUGGGAGCACGAAUGGAGCAAGCAUGGUACCUGUUACUCCACUCUGAACCCCAGCUGCUACACCAACUACUCCAAGGAAGAUGAGCUUGUCGAUUUCCUCAACACCACUAUUACUCUUUUCAAGAGCCUCCCGACUUACCAGUGGUUGGCUAAUGCCGGUAUCACCCCAAGCUCCAGCAAGACCUACACCAACGCCCAGAUCACCACCGCUCUCAAGAACAAGUUUGGCGCAACUCCUAUUCUCUCUUGCACCAGCGGUAAGCUCAAUCAGAUUGAGUACGCCUACAACGUUCGUGGCAGUGUCGCCAACGGCAAGUUCAUUGCUGUCGAGCCUACUGGCACUUCUGGCAACUGCCCUAAGACUGGUAUCCAGUACGUGCCUAAGGAUCUCAGCACUACGCCCAAGGCCAAUGAGGGUAGCUGCUCUUAG